AUGAAAUCAAUUACAAAGAUUUGAUUUCGCUGUAAACAUAUAAACUAUACUAUAAAAGUUUAAUUUUACUAUAUAGUGUUAUAAAAUAUUACAUUUUUAUUUUUAAAUAUUUAAAAGUGUUGUAUAAUUAUUAAAAAAAAUUUAUAAAUAUGAUGCUGGUAAAAGAAGGAUUAUUCUGUUUCAUUUUAUUCACAUGGAUAUUGCUGAUCCAAGGUCGUCCUCAAGGGGACUCCAUGACUAAAACUUCAGAAAAACCAGAGCCAUACGAAUACCAAUACAAAGUGGAAGAUAAACCAAGUGGAAAUUACUAUGGGCAAAACGAAGUUGGCAAAGAUACAGGUCGCAUAGAAGGAUCGUACUUUGUAUAUCUUCCGGAUGGUAGACUCAUGACGGUCACAUACUACGUUGAUGGAGAAAGUGGUUUUGUACCAAAAAUCACCUUCCAAGAUAAUGCUAGCCCAUUUGGCAAUACUGAAUCAAAUUCUAUUCAGAGAAGAUAGAACAAUUUAAUAAAUAAUUUGUACUCUUUUGUUUAAAUAUUUUCCAUACUUUAAAAAAUUCAUGCAAAAUAUGAACAGAUAUUCUCGGCACAAUUGUAUAAUAUUACCUAUAGUAUAUACCUACUGUAUUAGAUAUUAUAUGUACCUAUUAUACGUAAACAUAACGCAAUUGAAAAAAAAUAUAUUAUUGUUACUUGUUUGUAUUUAAUUAACUUCACAAUUUAUCUUAAAAAUACAGACCCCUCAUUAUUGUACAUAAUAGAAAAUGUAUCCAC